UUCAAGCAAAUUAAAGAUCUCAGUCCAGCAGUCCUCCAUUCAUCAGUCUCCUGCCUGAAACGCUGAGUCUCGUUUGUUGAAACUCGAUGGAAGAACAAGAGGUGAACCAAAGCUGCGAAAAUGGGAGAAAAAAUGGAGAAGAGGGACAAGAAGAAGACAGUGUCUUGCAAUUUAUGGAUUCAAUCGACAGUUAUCUCUGCCUCAUGGAUUCCCUGUCUUCUGCACUUCGCCAGGGAUGGCUGGAACUUGCUAGUGCUCGGCACUCGAUGGGUACUUCACGCGUCUCCAGUGCACUGUUUGACCUCAAACAGCAUUCUGCUGCCACUACAACACAAGUGAUACCUUAUGGUUUUGAAUGUUCUGCUCCAGAAGAUCCUAUGGUGAGACAACCACAUUUUACUCUGUCAAAAUGGUCAUCUUUCAAUGCUAGAAAAUGCUCCUUUGGUGAAGUAGCAGCCGACGAGGAAGAGUUCCAGAAGAAACUACAGAAUCCACAACUACGACAUCGCAGCCCAUCCCAAUUGCCUGAAUCCCAGGAGACACACACAGUAAGCAAAGGAUCUCCUCUUAGUGCUGAUGAUGAAGCGAAAAAGGAGCGAUCCAAAUCAUUGUCAGUGUUUGGGAGUUUGGUUUCUCCAAAGCUCCGGGCUUCUCAGCAUUCAUUUGAGACAGCCCUGGAGAUAGUUGUCGAAAUAGCAAACAGGCGGUCUUUGAUGUUAUCUGCUUUUGCUCAAGUCCGGCAAGAAAUGGAGUGUAACUUGGAGUGAUAUACAUCUCUUUUGAUUGUCGGAAUUGGCCAGUUUGC